GGGACAACGUUAGCUACAAACCAUCUUUACACAAUUAUUCAGUGCAACACCUCCUCCUGAACACUGUAGAUUAGGGGUUCAUUUAGCCUUUCAGCCAGAAGCACGGACAUGUCCUUAUUUGUUAAGAUGUUCAGUGGAGGAGAAAAGGUGAGAAAGAAGCCCGGCCAACAAGAGGAGAUAGAGAAACCUCCAGAGAGAGAGGAGUUGCUGAUGAAGAAGAAAGCAUUUCUGAAGAAAAAGAUUGACCAGGAGCUCCUGUGUGUCAAGAAAAACAUCAGAAAAAACAGAGGAGUGUCUCUGCAAGCGCUGAGAAGAAAGAAGUGGUACGAGAAACAUCUCAAGUACAUUGACUGUGCAGUUAAGGCCAUGAGGUCUGCUCAGGAACACAUAGAUAUCGUCAACAAGGUGAACGAGCUGAUCAAGGACAUUACAGAGGAGCAGGAUGAGACUCGUGACAUGUCGGACACCUUCUACACAUCUGUGAGCUUUGGAGUAGAAUUUGAUGAGGAUGAGCUGCUGGCAGAGCUGGACAGGCUGGAGAAGAAUGUGGAUGAGAGUCUCUUUGAGAGGGACAGAAUGGAGGAGAGAGUCCCUUGUACCAAAGUGUCGCCAACCACAUCACCUCCCCGUCCUGCCAAGACAGAGGAAGACGAGUUUGAGGAAGAUUUAGAGUAUCUGCGUCGCUGGGCAAACGGACCCUUAUAAACACACAAUCAGCCACAGCACACUAGAGUGCAGGAUGGAAUAAUAAAUAUGAAAUUAUACAUUAUUGUUCAUUCACAUAUGUUUAUAUGUUUAUGUGGACAUUUGACUCUAUAGCAAAGUGUCAGUGAAAAGGAGCAGGUUAUUUAAUGCAAUGUAUUGCAGAAACUACUACUAAUUUUUAUUGUAGUAAAGUAUUAUGAGCUCUGUAAUACACUAGUAUUGUUAUUAUUAUACUAUAAUUGGGGCAUUUGUUAACAUGAUUUAAAGCUGCAGUCGUUAAACAUAUUCUUUUUUUUUAAACUGAAACUUUCACUAUAUCUGUAUGACAGUAGUAUGAGACUAAUAAUCUCUGAAAACAUUUGGCUCCUCUGGCUCCUCCUAGUGCUCCUCAUGGUAUUUGCACAAAUCCACCAGGCCUGAAU